GAACAAAGACGCCUUUCAUCGCGGUCAGCCUAGUUAUGCCUGAUGACUUGUGGCGUUGAGCGACUCUUUGUUGGACUCCGGUUCACGACAUGAUGCACCCAUCUCCCUGCCUAUAUAAAAGACAUCUAAGAUGACAGAUAUCCUCAUCAGUAUCAUCUUACUCCAGCAUGUCCUCCGCACUUACCUAUCCUCUUCCUGUUCUCCCUUCUAUCCCAGACGAUCUCGAAACUCUUGACUCACGCUGUGCUUUACCUCAUCUGAUGGCAUUAAUGAAGAACACAUUCAUUCGUGGUCUGAAUCGCGUUCAUGCAUGUGCGCCUCUCGUCAUCGUCGGGCACCCGACUCUUCUGCCUUUCCUUGACUAUGUGCGCUUGCUCCUCACGCAAUUGAAUGUGCACCUCGAGGAGGAUACCACUUUUUUCUCUGCAAACGCGCUAGCAGAGGUCUCCUUGACCGAAGUUAACCCUGACACCAAGGCUAUCAAAAAAUCCGUAGUCUCAUUACUAUGUUUGGUGUCGACAUGGAUUAUGGAUGAGUCCAAAUUUUGUUCGAGUGCACUACGUGAGGGACUCUCGUUUGGGCCAGCACUGGUUGCCAUCAUGCAGGCACAGAUCAGGGCACUUACCCCCUCACUGCUCAGCUCGAUCAUAUCCCACUUGGACCUUCUUGAAUUGAUCGCAGCCAGCGUCGGUCGUAUCAGUGAACGCUCGGACAUGACCUUCUUGCUUCCUUUCAUCGUCUCGCACCAUGAUCGUACCACCUCUGCCCAUUGGCCCAAGCUUCCUAAAGGUUGUUUUGAGAUGUUUCCAACCUUUAUUCUCAAUCAUUCAAGAUGCUGGCAAUUCGCGCCGUACAAUCCUCUCACCCAUGAGGCUCAGAGCUUAAUCGCCAUUUCUCCUUGAUUUUCUUCAAGGUUUCCCUUACUUAUUUAUAUAUCUCCAUUCGACUGCCGCUCUUCCCGUACUAUCUAAUGCCAUUUCAUUCGUAUGAUGUGCGUCUGGAGGUCACUU